CGCCUGAGCUCUUCGCCCUCCUGCGGGCGGCCGGCUGGCGCGGAGAUUCCCAAGAUGGAAACUUUGUCUUUCCCCAGAUAUAAUGUAGCUGAGAUUGUGAUUCAUAUUCGCAACAAAAUCUUAACAGGAGCUGAUGGUAAAAACCUCUCCAAGAAUGAUCUUUAUCCAAAUCCAAAGCCUGAAGUCUUGCACAUGAUCUACAUGAGAGCCUUGCAAAUAGUAUAUGGAAUUCGGCUGGAGCAUUUUUACAUGAUGCCAGUGAACUCAGAAGUCAUGUAUCCACAUAUCAUGGAAGGCUUCUUACCAGUCAGCAACUUAUUUAUUCAUCUGGACUCCUUUCUGCCCGUCUGUCGGGUGAAUGACUUUGAGAUUGCUGACAUUCUAUAUCCAAAGGCAAAACGGACAAGUCGGUUUUUAAGUGGCAUUAUCAACUUCAUUCACUUCAGAGAAGCAUGCCGUGAGACAUAUAUGGAAUUUCUUUGGCAAUAUAAAUCUUCUCUGGACAAAAUGCACCAGUUAAAUACUGCACACCAGGAAGCGUUAAUGAAAUUGGAGAGACUUGAUUCUGUUCCAGUUGAAGAGCAAGCAGAGUUCAAGCAGCUUUCGGAUGAUAUUCAGGAGCUGCAGCAGUCACUGAAUCAAGAAUUUCGUCAAAAAACGAUAGUGCUCCAGGAUGGAAAUUCCCAAAAGAAGUCUGAUAUUUCAGAGAAAACCAAGCGUUUGAAUGAACUAAAAUUGUCAGUAGUUUCUUUGAAAGAAGUACAAGAGAGUUUGAAAACAAAAAUUGUGGAUUCUCCAGAGAAGCUAAAGAAUUAUAAAGAAAAAAUGAAAGAUACAGUACAGAAACUUAAAAAUUCCAGGCAAGAAGUGAUGGAAAAGUAUGAGAUCUACAGAGACUCCGUGGACUGCUUGCCUUCAUGUCAGCUGGAGGUGCAGUUAUAUCAGAAGAAAAUACAGGACCUGGCAGAUAACAGGGAAAAAUUAACCAGCAUCUUAAAAGAGAGCCUGAACUUGGAGGACCAAAUUGAGAGUGAUGAGUCAGAGUUGAAGAAGUUGAAGACAGAAGAAAAUUCCUUCAAAAGACUGAUGAUUGUGAAGAAGGAAAAACUCGCCACGGCACAAUUCAAAAUAAAUAAGAAGCAUGAGGAUCUCAAGCAGUACAAACGCACAGUGAUUGAAGAUUGCAAUAAAGUUCAAGAAAAAAGAGGAGCGGUCUACGAGCGAGUAACCACAAUUAAUCAAGAAAUUCAAAAAAUCAAAUUCGGAAUCCAACAACUGAAAGAUGCCACUGAGAGGGAGAGGCUGAAGUCUCAGGAAAUAUUUCUCAGUUUGAAAGCUGCUUUGGAGAAAUACCAUGAAGGCAUUGAAAAGGCCACAGAGGACUGUGGUGCUCAGCUAGAGCAGAAGACGGCUGAACUGAGGAAGAGGAUGUUCAGGACGUCAGCCUGACGGGCACCGUCACUUGUCUUUCUGUGAUCAGCUCACCGCCUUCAUUUCACCUUUGGAAAGAGAGGAGUUAAACUGAAGUCAACAGAAGUAUCAGAAGCAACACAUGAUGUUCUGUAUACUCUCAUAGGUUGUUCUUUUGUAAGAUAAUGCAUUUAACGUAGACGUUUAUUAACUUGUAAUUCAAAUAACUUGUGUAGCCAUUCAUAUCUCCACCUCUGUACGUAGUCGGAAUGAAACCAGAGUAGGUGCAUUUGAAAGAUGCAAUUUUCCUGUUGUUGUCUGGGCUGUCGGCCUUUGUUUGUGGCCAUCAAGCAGUGUCGUGUUCCUGAGCAUUGCGGUGGGGAUCUCAUUUGAUCCUUCUUGGUCAACUCUGGGUGCACACUUUUAUUACUGCUUUAUGGGUGAAGAAGCCGUGAGGGUCUUGAGAUUAAACAGCUGAGUCAGAAUGCGCGGGGCUCUGUAUGAUGCUGGAGCCGGGAAUGUGCCCCUGUAUCACGCUUUCUCACGUAUCAUUUGAAAGAAAGUUUGAGUGUGGGCUUCUGCCCUUGAUCCUCAGCCUCUGACUCCGGCUUGAAAACUUGUAUCUACACCCACAGCUCCAAUCACCGAGACAUCCAUGCAACUUUUUCUGCAUUGAGUACAUGCAAUUACAUUUUGCCUUUUUGUCUUGAAUUUCACACUUGCAUGUCCAAUAGUCAGUAGACGUUUUUAACCUUUUGGCAUUCUGGUGGAGCCUAAUGGAUAGUCUCAUGCAUGUUUUUCAUGCAUGAAAUGAGAUACAGGAUUGCAAGGGGAACCGAUGAGAUUCAAACAAGAUUGUCACAAUACUUAACUACAUGUUCUGCUAAAUAGUACGGCUAACUACACUUAGUCGGAAACCUUCCACUUUCCCUCUUGUGCACCUCACUCCUUUAUAACAUUCAGUUGGCAGAACUGUGGAUCGAGGUACCCAGCUCGGCCCCUUCUCGUGUCUUCCCCCGUGCUUCCCCCAUGCUGCAGUUUGCAUUGUCCUUUCCUGCCUGAGAAGCUUAUGCUGAUCUCACCAGGCUCCCGGUCUCUACCCACCCCUACAAAGGCACUGGGGCAUUCUAAACUUGCACGUUAGAUUGUGUCAGUGAUUUGUACAAAGUGUUUUGGAUUUUCAAACUGCUGCUGGGAUGCUGUGGUGACCCCACAGGGAACCAUGGAUAGUUGAAGUUUGUAAGGGAAGCAUAGAGACAGUGGCUUUAUUGGACGCCAUUGCAAACUGCUAGCCCAGGGUGCUCACAGUUUCAGUUAGAUCGCGAUGCAUUCCUUUCAGUGAAAACAUCUUGAUGAAGUGGGUUUCUGGCGUUUGCUGUGAUAAGUAUCACAUUCUUAGGGAAUAAGAAAUGAGGGUGGUGACAUCCAAUUAAUAAUUGGUUAUUUAAGAGUAGAAUAAAGAUACCUUCAGUUUUUGUGUUAUUUUUCUUAAAACACACAUUGUUAGAACAGAAAUGCCUAUUACACUGUUUUAAUCUAACUACUUA